AUGUCUGCCCCUCCCAGCCCCUAUGCCCUGAAUGCCACGCACACGAUCCCAGCGCGCUCCUCCGUCGCCAUCCCCUUGUCCGCGUCCCAGAAACUCACAGUCAUCAACACCCACGGCACUCAAGUCGUUGAUUUCUGGGCUUUCAGACUCCCUGCGCCUAACCCAGCGACUUCAGCUCCCUCGAGCCAUCAGGUCGACUUGGCAACCUGCCUUUCAAUGUCCCACACUCGGGCUGCCCUGCUUGGCCUCUCCCCCGUGGCACCAUGCACACUGUAUACCAACCAACGGACCCCGAUCCUGAAGUUCGUCUCCGACACCUCCGGAGGCAUCCACGACACGCUCAUGGCGGCGUGCGACAUCCACCGCUACCGCCAGCUCGGCGUGCCGGAGGGCCAGUACCACGAGAACUGCGCGGACAACUGCCGCCUGGCGCUCCAGCGAGACGUACCGGGCUAUGUGCUUCCCGCGCCGUUCAACACUCCCGAAUCCACGGUGCCGGACCCGUUGAAUCUGUUCAUGAAUAUACCGGUUGCGCCGUUGUCGCAUGCAUUGCACGAAAGCAACGUCACCGCGGGUGGGAAACUCAGCUUCGAGCCCACUAUUUCGCCCAAGGGCGGCAGGGUCGCGUUUGAGGCGCUCGUGGACUGUAUUGUCGUGAUGAGUUGUUGUCCGCAGGAUCUGGUGCCGAUCAACCACGGCGGACCCGUGGAAUGUCAAUUCGUCGUGGAAGCCUGA